AAGACAUUCCCCAGUUCAAGUCUCAUUAGCAGACAGUACAGCUGAGUUACAGCAGGUGGCGACAACGAGCUGGAUUCCUCUAGUGGCGCAGGAGAAGAAGUGCAAACUGUUAGCUACCAGGAGUUCAAAUGAACGAUGGAUCAGAAGAUUCCUUAUGAUGACUACCAGCUGCCAGUGGUUUUCCUGCCUUCAUAUGAAAAUCCACCGGCUUGGAUUCCUCCUCAGGAGAGGGUUCAUCACCCAGACUACAACAACGAGCUCACCCAGUUCCUCCCUCGCACCGUCGUGUUGAAGAAACCUCCAGGAGCCCAGCUGGGUUUUAACAUCCGAGGAGGCAAGGCAUCGCAACUAGGAAUCUUUAUAUCCAAGGUAGUCCCAGAUUCAGACGCCCACAGAGCAGGACUGCAGGAAGGAGAUCAAGUUCUCUCUGUGAAUGAUGUGGAUUUCCAAGACAUAGAGCACUCGAGAGCGGUAGAGAUUCUGAAGACCGCUCGGGAAAUUGUGAUGAAGGUUCGCUUCUUUCCUUACAACUACCAGAGGCAAAAGGAGAGAACUGUCCACUAGGUGGCAGCAGCGUUCCUAAAACACUUCAUUCGACGUCAUUUUCCUGCUCCUACAGGCUCCUAAGCACUCUACCGCAGCUUCAAGAUGACAGAUUGUUGGUCUCAUUCAAACUCCUCCAUGUUGGGAAAAUCCGUUCUCUGGUGUAGUGGUUAAAGAUGGUGAAAUAUUGUCAGAUCUACUGCAAUAUUUGAUAGUUUCUGCCACAUUAUGGUCCAAUCAUAUAGUGUUAUGCUUUGCAUUUGAAAAUGUAUCAUUUUAAUCUCAAUUAUUGAUUUUUAAAAAAAGGUUUUUAAUGUAAUUUAGUAUUGAUAAUGUCUCAUCUAUGUUUAAUAGCAUUUUGAAGUCUGAAAUGGUACAGAUUAGAGCACUAAUCUUGACAUUAGACACUUAAACAAAACAUUAAAACACUGACGGAUGUAAUUGCUGGGGACAUUGACUGUAAGAGCAAAUUGUGCAAGACUUCUGAUACAUUUUAAAUAUUUCUCUGUCUGUGUCACUUUACAAGUUUUUGAGUAUUUAUCAAAUAUUGUAAUUGUGUAUGAAAUUAUAAAAACUGUAAAUAUGAAUACUAAUUUUAACAUUAUGCCAUUUUUGUACAGUUUUUCCAUUCAAGAUACAUGAACAAAUUCAGGGGCCAAAAGGUUAACAUCGCUUCAUAAGACAUUGUUAUCCUUUUAUUAUGAAAUGUCCUUAAUAAAAAAACCAUUGUUUGAGAA